UGCAGUUGAGAUAAGUUGCGAGCCAUCAGUCAAAAAGUAUGUCCGUGGCAUUUAUAUGGAGAAUGCAGUAGUCUCAACAAGUCCAACAGCAGAUGGAAAUACAGUAAUAGAUUCAUUCCAUCAGUUUUCUGGGAUCAAGUGGUUACGUGAAAAGCCAUUGAGCAAGUUUGAGGGUGCACAAUGGCUUCUCAUUCAGAAGGCAGAAGAGGAGAAACUUCUUCAAGUAACCUUCAAGCUGCCUGAGAAUCACAUGAAUAGGCUAAUUAGCGACUGCAAUGAACAUUAUCUAAGUGUCGGUGUUAGUAAGUAUGCUCAACUCUGGAAUGAGCAAAGAAAGUUAAUUCUGGAGGAUGCACUUCAUACUUUUCUUUUGCCAUCAAUGGAGAAAGAAGCAAGAUCCUUGCUGACUAGCAGAGCGAAGAGUCGGUUGCUUUUAGAGUAUGGACAGGCUUUGUGGAACAAAGUUUCUGCAGGGCCAUAUCAAAAGAAAGAAAUGGACAUUAGCUCAGAUGAGGAAGUUGCGCCUAGGGUCAUGGCAUGUUGUUGGGGACCUGGAAAGCCACCAAAUACGUUUGUGAUGCUGGAUUCAUCGGGAGAGGUGCUUGAUGUGCUCUAUGCUGGAUCCCUCACAUUACGAUCUCAAAAUGUCAACGACCAGCAACGUAAAAAGAAUGACCAGGAUCGUGUUUUAAAGUUUAUGAUGGACCACCAACCGCAUGUUGUGGCUUUAGGAGCUGUCAAUUUGUCUUGUACUCGCCUGAAGGAUGAUAUUUAUGAGGUCAUAUUCCAGAUGGUGGAGGAAAAGCCUAGAGAUGUUGGACAUGGAAUGGAUGAUUUAAGCAUUGUUUAUGUGGAUGAAUCACUUCCUAGACUAUAUGAAAAUUCUCGAAUCUCGGGUGAACAGCUACCUCAGCAGUCAGGGAUCGUGAAACGUGCAGUUGCUCUUGGACGCUAUCUCCAAAAUCCACUAGCAAUGGCUGCCACUUUAUGCGGUCCAGGUAGGGAAAUUUUGUCUUGGAAGCUUCAUCCCUUGGAGCAUUUUCUUCAGGUAGACGAGAAGUACGGAAUGGUUGAGCAGGUUAUGGUUGACAUAACAAACCAGGUUGGAAUCGACAUUAAUUUGGCAGCUAGCCAUGAGUGGUUUUUUUCUCCUUUACAGUUCAUUUCUGGACUUGGGCCUAGGAAAGCUGCAUCCUUGCAGAGGUCGCUUGUGAGAGCUGGUUCAAUAUUUGUUCGCAAGGACCUGAUAAUGCAUGGACUUGGUAAAAAGGUUUUUGUAAAUGCAGCCGGUUUCUUGCGCAUUCGCAGGAGUGGGCUAGCUGCUAGUAGCAGUCAAUUUAUUGACUUAUUGGAUGACACCCGAAUACAUCCCGAGUCAUAUAGCCUUGCCCAAGAAUUGGCUAAAGAUAUUUAUGAUCAGGAUGUCAGAGGUGACUCAAAUGAUGAUGAGGAUGCGAUAGAGAUGGCAAUAGAGCAUGUGAGAGAUCGGCCAGGCUCAUUGAGAAAAGUGGUCCUUGAUGAGUAUCUUGCCAGCAAGAAAAGGGAGAAUAAGAAGGAAACCUAUAGUAAUAUCAUGAGAGAAUUGAGCUGUGGUUUCCAGGAUUGGCGGAUACCCUUUAAAGACCCAAGUCCAGAUGAAGAAUUUUAUAUGAUUUCAGGUGAAACUGAAGACACCAUAGCUGAGGGAAGAAUUGUGCAGGCUAGUGUUCGGAGAUUACAGGGUGGAAGAGCCAUAUGUGUAUUAGAUUCUGGGUUAACUGGGAUGCUUACGAAGGAAGAUUUCUCAGAUGAUGGGAGAGAUAUUGUUGAGUUAUCGGAACGACUGAAAGAAGGCGAUAUCCUGACAUGCAAGAUCAAAUCAAUUCAAAAGCAGAGGUAUCAGGUGUUCCUUAUUUGCAAAGAAAGUGAGAUGAGAAACAACAGACACCAGCAUAACCAGAAUGUGGAUGCUUAUUACCAUGAGGAUAGAAACAGUCUCCAGCUAGUAAAAGAGAAAGCCCGAAAGGAAAAAGAGCUAGUGAGGAAGCAUUUUAAGUCCCGGAUGAUUGUCCAUCCUCGCUUUCAGAAUAUCACUGCUGACCAAGCUACAGAGUAUUUGUCUGACAAAGACUUUGGAGAAAGCAUUGUUCGUCCAAGUUCUCGAGGACUCAAUUAUUUAACUUUGACGCUCAAGAUUUAUGAUGAAGUUUACGCUCACAAGGAGAUAGUUGAAGGUGGGAAAGAAAACAAGGACAUCACUAGCCUACAGUGUAUUGGGAAAACCCUGAAAAUUGGAGAGGACACCUUCGAGGAUCUGGAUGAGGUCAUGGAUCGAUAUGUUGAUCCUUUGGUAUCUCAUCUUAAGACCAUGCUCAACUAUCGGAAAUUCCGAAAGGGGACCAAAUCAGAAGUAGAUGAUCUUCUGAAGAUCGAGAAGGGCGAAAAUCCUUCAAGAAUAGUUUACUGCUUUGGGAUUUCUCAUGAACAUCCAGGCACCUUUAUACUGUCUUAUAUAAGGAGCACAAAUCCACAUCAUGAGUAUAUAGGCUUAUAUCCUAAGGGAUUUAAGUUCAGGAAAAGGAUGUUUGAGGACAUUGAUAGGCUUGUGGCAUACUUCCAGAGGCAUAUUGAUGACCCAUUGCAGGAGUCAGUGCCAUCAAUCCGGUCUGUUGCUGCCAUGGUACCAAUGAGAAGCCCAGCAGACCGUGGCUCAUCUGGAGGAAGUGGUUGGGGUAGUUCUCAGAAUGAAGGAGGCUGGAAAGGAAACUCAGAUCGCUCAGGCUCAGGGAGGGGUGGUGAUUACAGAAAUGGUGGUGGACGUGAUGGGCAUCCAAGUGGGGCGCCAAGGCCAUAUGGUGGUCGUGGUCGAGGCAGAGGACGAAGAGAUGAUAUGAACGGUGACAGACAAGAUGGGAAUGGAGAUUGGGGUAAUAACGAUACUGGAACUGGAGAUGGAGGUUGGGGAAGUAGUACUGGUGGCGGUUGGGGAAGCGAGUCUGCUGAGAAAAAGAAUGAAGGUGCGGGCGGCUGGGGUAGUGGGUCUGGCGGUGGCGAUAGUGGUAGCGGAGGUUGGGGAAAUGAUUCUGGCGGUAAAAAGAGCAGUGAAGAUGAUGGUUGGGGAAACGAGGCUGGUGGUAAAAAGAGCGAUGGAGAGGGCGGUUGGGGGAAUGAAUCCAGCAGUCAAAAGAGUGGUGGCGGCGGUGGUGGUGGAUGGUGAAGAAACACAACCGCGGCUACUACUACUGGUUGGGUAAUUAAAUUGCAAAGUCUAAGACAAGACAUAAAAAAACACACAUUAGUAGUAAUUUUAGCUUCUCUCCCUCUCUGCCUAAGUGCCUUAUUUUUCAAUUUAAUGCUUUGCUUUUUUUUUUUUGUCUUCCUUUGUCUUAACUUGACGGUAUUAGUAUUGCGGUUAUGUAUUGUCCCUUUUUUUUUAACUUUCCAAGAAAGUCUUUCAAGCGA